AUGCUCUCAUUCAUUCUUUCCAUUUCUCUCUGUCACUCAUACUCUUAUUUACUUUCCCUUUCCUUCACAUUCAUGCUCUCUUCAUUCUUUCUCAUACAUCCAUCCUCUCAUUCAUUCUUUCCUUUUCCUUCUUUCUCAUGCACUCAUUCAUUCCCUCUUUCUCUCACAUUAAUGCUCUUAUUCCUUCUUUCCUUUUCCUUCUUUCUCUCACAUUCAUGCUCUCAUUCCUUCUCUUUCCUCCUUUAUCUCGCAUUCAUGCUCUCAUUCCUUCUCUUUCCUUUUCCUUCUUUCUCUCGCAUUCAUGCUCUCAUUCCUUCUUUCCUUUUCCUUCUUUCUCUCGCAUUCAUGCUCUCAUUCCUUCUCUUUCCUUUUCCUUCUUUCUCUCGCAUUCAUGCUCUCAUUCCUUCUCUUUCCUUUUCCUUCUUUCUCUCGCAUUCAUGCUCUCAUUCCUUCUCUUUCCUUUUCCUUCUUUCUCUCGCAUUCAUGCUCUCAUUCCUUCUCUUUCCUUCUUUCUCUCGCAUUCAUGCUCUCAUUCCUUCUCUUUCCUUUUCUUUCUUUCUCUCAUUCAUGCUCUCAUUCCUUCUCUUUCCUUUUCUUUCUCUCACAUUCAUGCUCUCAUUCCUUCUCUUUCCUUCUUUCUCUCGCAUUCAUGCUCUCAUUCCUUCUCUUUCCUCCUUUCUCUCGCAUUCAUGCUCUCAUUCCUUCUCUUUCCUCCUUUCUCUCGCAUUCAUGCUCUCAUUCCUUCUCUUUCCUCCUUUCUCUCGCAUUCAUGCUCUCAUUCCUUCUCUUUCCUUUUUCUUCUUUCUCUCACAUUCAUGCUCUCAUUCCUUCUCUUUCCUUCUUUCUCUCACAUUCAUGCUCUCAUUCCUUCUCUUUCCUUUUUCUUCUUUCUCUCGCAUUCAUGCUCUCAUUCCUUCUCUUUCCUUUUCCUUCUUUCUCUCACAUUCAUGCUCUCAUUCCUUCUCUUUCCUUCUUUCUCUCACAUUCAUGUUCUCAUUCAUUCUCUUGCCUUCUUUCUUUCACAUUCAUCCCCUCAUUCAUUCAUUCAUUUCUUUCUUUCACAUUCAUGCUUUCAUUUAUUCUUUCACUUUUGACAUUUUCAUAUUUUUGUACUUACAAUUUUUACUCUUUCUUUGA